AGUACAUUUACUGAAUCCUACUUAUAGACUUCGAGUGGCUUCACCAAAUGUACCAAUGUUCUUACCUAACCGCCAUACGAAAAUGAGAUAAUAAAUGUCUGAAAGUCCACAGGCCAUGGCUGCCAGGUUGACCGGUUGGUUUAAGGAACGAAACACGACUCCAGCUUUCAAACCACCACACGACGUGGCGUCUCACCCAGGAAGAUAGAUUACUAGGUCGACGCUUUCGAUCUGAACACCAUAAAGAUCUCACAUUCUCACCUUUCUGCUCAGGAAACAGUGGGAAAGAGAUAUGGCGAUUUCGGCAAAGUCGUUACCUUUCUCCUUUGUGGCGCACUUUCUUGCCGUCGCUCUGGCCGUGCUGGUGUUGGUAUGGGCCAUUCACUUCAGGGGUGGAUUAGCUUGGGAAGCUACCAACAAAAAUCUCAUCUUUAAUCUUCACCCUGUCUUGAUGCUUAUUGGCUUCAUUAUUCUUGGAGGAGAAGCUAUCAUGAGUUACAAAGCAUUCCCAUUGAAGCAGGAAGUGCAAAAGGUGAUCCAUCUAAGUUUGCAUGCUGUUGCUUUGGUAUUUGGGAUAGUGGGGAUAUGUGCAGCCUUCAAGAAUCACAAUGAAAGCAACAUUCCUAAUUUGUACAGUUUGCAUUCCUGGAUUGGCAUUGGGGUUGUGGUUCUUUAUGCCAUUCAGUGGAUUUAUGGCUUUGUGGUUUUCUUCUACCCGGGAGGAAAACUGAGUAUCAGACGUGAAUCACUUCCUUGGCAUGUGCUAUUUGGCACUUUUGUGUAUGUGUUAGCUGUUGGGAAUGCCUGUUUGGGGUUCCUUGAGAAACUCACCUUCCUUGAGAACUCUGGCCUCUACAAAUACGGAUCCGAGGCCAUUCUCGUCAAUUUCACGGCCAUUGCUACGAUUAUAUACGGGGCUUUUGUUUUCUUGACUGUGCUUUCACACGCUCCUCCCCACGAUGAUCGUAGCUACUCUGCAAUAUGAUGGUGGUAUUUUCUGUAGUUGUAACACGUGGACACCCCCUCCCCUGAAGAAUAAACGCAGGUAGGACCUUAGGAGGACUUGUAAAGUUACUUUAAGCAAAUGUGUGUUUUACAAGUAAUCAGUGUAUUUCUCAAGACUGUCUCUUCGGUGUGUUGGAAAGCAUGAUUUUAUGUGCAUUUGAGGCUAAGAAAUAGCUGUUGAUAUAUGCUGUUUGUCAUUAGUAAGGCUUGUUUGUCUUAACUCUUCAUAUGUCCCGAACUUUCUUUAAUGAAAACGGUUAAAGUGACUAAAUUCCAUUUUCAGCUAAACAAGGCGAACUGGUCAUUUUCUGGAAUUG